UCGACGCGUAUCGGUGGGUCAACUUGAAUAUUCACUGAAUAAUCUAUGGAAGGACAAUAGUCAAGGUUUUGUGAUAGCGUUUUAUAAACAUUUUACACACUCUCGGCUAAGAUAUAAGUCACUUUUAUCACGCCUGAUCUCGCCGAGCUUUCGUUCACAUUAGAUGAAGUGCCGUUAAGCGUUAAGCUCCAAGGAAGACACGCUUUAGAAAAGAGACAAGCGCGUUCGGUCCAAAAAUGGCAUUAAUUAGGAGAGCCUCUCACGCUGGUAGUUGGUACUCUGACAAUGGUCCAGAGUUGAGUAAACAAUUAGAAGGUUGGUUAGGUGCAGCUGACUUAUCUCAUGGACCUGCAAGAGCAAUCAUUGCCCCGCAUGCAGGAUAUAGUUAUUGUGGGGCAUGUGCUGGUUUUGCUUAUCGGCAAAUUAGUCCUGUAGUUGUCCGUAGGAUAUUUAUUCUAGGGCCUUCUCAUCAUGUGAGAUUACCAGGCUGUGCCCUAUCUUCGACUUCCAUUUACCGAACACCGUUAUAUGAUCUACAUAUUGAUCAACAAGUGAGAAGAGAACUUGAAGAAACUGGUCAUUUCGAAUGCAUGGAUCUGAACACAGAUGAAGAAGAACAUAGUAUUGAGAUGCAGUUGCCGUUCAUCGCCAAAGUUAUGGAAGGAUUUAAGGAUUCAUUUACCAUAAUCCCAAUUUUGGUGGGAUCCUUGAGUCCGGAUAGAGAAGCGCUUUAUGGGAGACUGUUAGCACCCUACAUGGCUGAUCCGCAAACAUUAUUUGUCAUCUCUUCUGAUUUCUGCCAUUGGGGACAACGUUUUCGCUAUACUUACUAUGAUAGAUCAUGUGGACCUAUCCACAGAUCUAUUCAAAAUCUUGAUAAAAUGGGUAUGGACAUUAUAGAAACUUUAAAUCCUGCAAUGUUCACUGAAUAUCUUAAGAAAUAUGGUAAUACUAUAUGUGGCCGACAUCCAAUUGGUGUUUUAUUGCAGGCCAUUCACAGUCUCAAGGGAAAUACAAAUGGUCAAAGAAUGAAUCUGAAAUUUUUGAAAUAUGCUCAAAGUAGUCAAUGUAAUAAUAUGAAUGACAGUUCUGUCAGUUAUGCUAGUGCUUCCCUAGUUCUCGAGUGAUAAAAAUAUACAAUUCGAGCAUAUGAUCAUUGACCAGCCUGAAUAUAAACAUUUUCUUAAAGUGGGUUGGCAUGACAUAAUAAGGUUCUAUAAAUUAUUAAACGAGAUUAUAGAGGCACAGAACGUCGAGAGGUUUUGUAAUGCAGAAAGAAGAUAGGGGAACACUGAAGUUAACACUCUGCUGUAAUUUAUAAUAUUAUUUGUAUUAUGUGGCUAUUAUACAACAGGUGUCGGGGCAAGUGUUAAUUCUUGCGUUAUAUGUAACAGAUGGAAACUGUACCAUUAUCGAAACCAUUUGUAUAAAUGCAUUUCGGUUUAUUA